ACAGGACGCUUACCAAAUGGCAAAGAUGUCAAAAAUACUUGUGUUAUUUGAUAAGGGCCAGGGCCUUCAAUAUAAAGGAAAGUCAUUAGAAGAUAUUGAUAUCGAUCCUACCAAGGAUUUGGUCGAAGCAUGUGAUAAUUCCGAUGAUGACAGUCUAUCUGAGCCACCAAACGAUCGACCAGAUAAUUAUGUUAGUGAAGACAGUGAAGCAUUGGAUAGGGACAAUAGCGAUAAUGAGACAACAACUAAGCGGAAACAGUGCAAGGAGAAAGAUUGCAAUAGUUCAGGUAUUAUUAAAAAGAAGGCGAAGAAUAACAGAGUACGUUGGACAGAAGAACAGAAAAAAUUGGUUAAGUCAUAUUUUAAAGGGCAUAUUAAAAAAAGAAUUUCACCAAAAAAAGAAGAAUGUCAAACAUUAAUUGAUGAACAACCCAUCCUAUUAAAAAAUUUAGAUUGGGUUAAAGUAAAAACUUUCGUCUAUAAUAACUAUAGAAAAUAAUAUACAAAAUACGAAAGACUAAAACAUAGGUACAUAAAGUAAAAUCUUAAAGGA